AUUCUCUGCCCAGCUGUCUGAGGUGGCUUCACUCCCUGCAGGCUCUAUAGGGAACCAGAACAGCAGCCGUGAUGCAGCGGGCUUUGUUCAGCCGGAGCGGGUUGUUUGCCCAGCAGGCUGCAGCGGCGCUCGACUGUCCGCUGGCCGCGCGGAGCGCGCCUGUGGCGCAGCGCCUGGACCGCUCCAUGUCCUCCGUGACCAUCCCUCCGCCGGCAUGCAUGCUCCGACCACUAGAAGCACCUUACCGUUACCUGUUCGGACCCGGACCUUCCAACGUUCCUCCACGCGUCUUAGCGGCACAGGCCAAGCCCAUAAUUGGUCACUUGCACCCAGAAAUGUAUGAGAUCAUGAACGACAUCAAGAAAGGGAUCCGGUACAUCUUCCAGACAGAAAACAACAUGACUAUAGCUAUGAGCGGUUCCGGCCACGCAGCCAUGGAGUGCGCUGUGUUCAACACGGUGGAGCCCGGCGAGAGCGUCCUGGUGGCCGUCAACGGCAUCUGGGGAGAGCGCGUGGCAGAAAUAGCAGAAAGGAUGGGUGCAAAGGUACACAAGAUUGUAAAAUCACCUGGAGGAUAUUACUCCAAUACAGAAAUAGAACAGGCCAUAGAAAAAUACAAGCCUGUGUUGUUUUUCCUCACACAUGGGGAGUCCUCAGCUGGUCUCUGUCACCCUGUAGAUGGCAUUGGAGACAUCUGCAGAAAACAUAACUGCCUCUUCCUAGUCGACACAGUUGCCUCACUUGGAGCAGCACCAAUUUUUAUGGACAAACAAAAUAUUGACAUCCUGUACAGUGGUUCUCAAAAGGCCCUGAAUGCACCUCCUGGUACAGCACCCAUCUCCUUUAAUGGGAGAGCAUGCGAGAAGAUGUUUAACAGGAAAACAAAACCAGUAUCCUACCUUUUUGACAUGGGACAUCUGUCCAACUAUUGGGGUUGUGACGGUCAACCAGCCAGAUUAUAUCACCAUACCGGCCCUGUAUCUGGAUUUUUUGCCCUGAGGGAAAGUCUGGCAAUUCUUGCUGAGAAGGGGCUGGAAGAGUCUUGGAGGAAGCACAAAGAGGUAGCUGCCUACCUGUACAGAGGACUGGAGGAUCUUGGCCUUAAGCUCUUUAUCCCUGAAAGGGAUUUGAGGCUUCCCUCUGUUACCACCAUCGCCAUACCUGAAGGCUACGACUGGCGGGAACUGCUGGCAUACAUAAUGAAACACCACCACAUGGAGAUGACAGGCGGACUGGGUGCCUCCAUUGGCAUGGUGAUGAGGAUCGGAUUAAUGGGAUACAACUGUGAGAAGACCAAUGCUGACAUGGCACUUCAUGCCUUGGCAGAUGCUCUCAAAAACUGCAAAAAGAGAAAGGCUUAAGAACUCAUGUUCCCAGCACUGACUUUCUUUUACUCAUUCCUCAUGGAAUAAAGUUGAACAUUUUGUGCAUUUACAUCCAAGACAGUUGAAAUGGUGCACAAAUUCCAAUAAUUCCCCUAUACUCUUUGCUGCUGGCAUUUUGGUUAAGUUUGAAAAUAAAGAUGCUGAUAUUUUCAUAUGACUCAUGCUAAAGUCAUAUAUAAUGUCAAUAGUUUUUUUUUUGGUUUGUUUGUUUUUAUUUCAUCGCACAUUUGUUUUACCUAAAUGUAUAGGAACAAAUGGGAAAUUACAGUAAAACUGUUCAUUCUUUUUACCUGCUA